UUUACGAUGCGACACUUGUGUCGUUUUGCAAACUGGUCCCUCUCCAAUUCCGAAUUAUGCAAACAAGUCCUUUCGGGACUUGUAAUCCCUAUUCCCUCCCGUCUCCGCUCCUCAUUCCUCCAACUUCGGAUCUAUCGAUCACAGCAGCAGCAGUUCCGCGACUGGACUGAUCGGAGGAGGGGAGGGAGCGGCGGAGCAAUGGCGGAGGGGGUGAUGAAGAAGGUGCUGCUGUCGUACGCCUACGUUGCGGUGUGGAUCUUCCUCAGCUUCACCGUCAUCGUUUACAACAAGUACAUUCUGGAUCCGAAGAUGUACGGGUGGCCCUUCCCCAUCAGCCUCACCAUCAUCCACAUGACCUUCUGCUCCGCCCUCGCAUUCCUCCUCGUCCGCGUCCUCCGCCUGGUGGCGCCGCCCGCCUCCCCGCCCAUGACCCGCCCACUCUACCUCUCCUCCGUCGUCCCCAUCGGCGCCCUCUACUCCCUCUCCCUGUGGUUCUCCAACUCUGCGUACAUCUACCUCUCCGUCUCCUUCAUCCAGAUGCUCAAGGCCCUCAUGCCCGUCGCCGUCUACUCCAUCAGCGUCCUCUUCCGCAAGGAGGCUUUCAAGUCCUCCUCCAUGCUCAACAUGCUCUCCAUCUCCUUCGGCGUCGCCAUCGCCGCGUACGGCGAGGCCCGCUUCGUCGGCGCGGGCGUCGUCCUCCAGCUCGCCGCCGUCGCCUUCGAGGCCACCCGCCUCGUCCUCAUCCAGAUCCUCCUCACCUCCAAGGGCGUCUCCCUUAACCCCAUUACCUCCCUCUACUACGUAGCCCCCUGCUGCCUUGCCUUCCUCCUCGUCCCCUGGUCCAUGGUCGAGCUCCCUGUCCUCCGUGACCGCUUGGCCGCCUCCGCCUUCCGCCCCGACAUCCUCAUCUUCGGCACCAACUCCUUGUGCGCCUUCGCCCUCAACCUUGCCGUCUUCCUCCUCGUCGGCAAGACCUCCGCCCUCACCAUGAACGUCGCUGGCGUCGUCAAGGACUGGCUCCUCAUCGCCUUCUCCUGGUCCGUCAUCCGUGACAUCGUGACCAGCAUCAACCUCUUCGGCUAUGCCAUCGCCUUCCUCGGCGUCGCCUACUACAACUACGUGAAGCUGCAGGCGCUCAAGGCCAAGGAGGCACAGAAGAAGGCCGCCCAGGCUGAUGAGGAGUCUGGGAAGCUUCUUGAUCAGGUCAAUGGUGGCAGCAACCGGAGGAAUGACUCCCACAAUUGACCUGCCCGUUCAGUGUUCUGCUACAGUUACGUUGGUUCGUCUUCAAUAUUUCUAAUGGAUCUCUUUAUUCGUUAGCUUAUUUGUCUGUGGUAGUACACUUCUUCUACCGAGGAGGAGGUUUAAGGGGAAAACAAUCGUGUGGGAUUUGAAUUCAGUUUUGAUAACACGAAUCAGAUCUGGAACUGCAUGUGAUAUAUGACAUGGGUCAGAUCCAGGAAAGGAAGCUUGAAGGAUAUUAGUUGUGAUUUUUGCUGCUGGAGAACUGUUUUGGCUUGUUUAUGACUUCAUCACCAUUAUCCAUAUACGCCGUUGUCAUAGAGGGAUAUGUGUGUGUCUGUUUAAUGUUCUUAUAUAUUUGUCGGAUCAUGUUUGAGAUUUCUUUUUCCUAUUAAAUGGGGUUGACAGUUUUGUUCAAUUUACUA